AGGUUGCAUCUUUUUGUCAGGACGUCACAGGACCCAGAUUGACGUUGCAGUUUUCGCCCCGGUUAUAUCUAUAUUGAUCUCACUGUUUUCUGUCCUUGAAGCGGUUGCUGUUGCUACGCAUAACUUGCCUCGCUCGCACCCCAGGAAUUUCUCACAGCAAGCUGUCCACCAGAAGUCUUCCGUAUUGGAGGUCGAUAUGGCACCUCACGCCGAAGUCACCGGCUUUACGGACACGUCUUCGGUAGUUGUUAACGACUCAGCCCAGACGAAAACUCCGCCUCGUCCUGUCUUUACAAUCGACGAUGUAUUACCGCACCGACAGAAGUCCAAACCGCCGGCGACUACUGUGGCUGCGUUCUCAGAUGCCAAUAUGUUCAAGAGUAAAGGGUGCUUCAGCAAACCGAAAGCCAAGAGUUUCGCGCAUCGGUUGACGGAGGAGAGUAAAUCAAGGAAACCGUCGAGUCUGAAGGGCGCCAUGAAGUACUUCCGGCCCGGCACCAUCAGUCUGUGUGGUGGAUUGCCGAGUAGUGACUACUUUCCUUUCGAAGAGCUCAGUGCAAUGAUACCCGUCCCGCCUGAAUUCUCGGAAGCCCAGACAGCAAUAUCAGGGAAGAGUUUCUCCUCGGGUAAGCACGACGCCACACGAGAUGGCAAGGCUUUGCUCGAUCUUUCGAUCGCGCUGAACUACGGACAAUCCAUGGGCCCGGGAGCCUUGAUGCGCUUCCUCACCGAACACACAGAGAUUGUGCACAGUCCGCCUUACUCAGAUUGGGAUAUCUGUAUGACUUCUGGGAGUACCUCUGCAUUGGAUAUUGCCUUGCGAAUGUUCACGGAGCGAGGCCAGUAUGUUAUAACCGAAGAGUAUACCUUCAGCUCCGCUAUCGAGACCGUGGCGCCCCUGGGAGCGAAAAUGCUGGGGAUCAAGAUGGACGCGGAUGGGAUGCUGCCUGAUGAUUUGGACAAUACCUUGUCCAAUUGGGAUGAAAAGGCACGCAGAGCACCAAAACCGUUCUUGGUGUACACCGUACCGACCGGCCAGAAUCCUACGGCCAGCACGCAGUCUUUGAAGCGGAGGAAGCAGAUCUAUGCCGUGGCCGAGAAACACGACCUGUUCAUUCUGGAGGAUGAGCCAUAUUAUUUCCUGCAGAUGGAUCCCUUUGUCUCCGGUCACACGCAUGCUGUGUCCUCGCCGUUUGAGCCAGUGUCCGUGGCAGAUUUCCUCUCGAAUCUCGUCCCUUCGUACCUCUCUAUCGACACAUCCGGACGAGUGCUGAGGUUGGACUCAUUUUCCAAGAUCAUUGCCCCUGGUAGUCGUGCAGGUUGGGUCACCGGUGCGCCGCUAGUCAUUGAGCGAUUCAUGCGACAUAACGAGGUCAGCGCACAAACACCUUCAGGCUUCUCGUUGAUCGCCCUGUAUAACCUGCUCGAAGAGAACUGGGGCCACAGGGGGUUCUUGGAAUGGUUGAUGUUCAUUCGUGCCGAGUACACGCGGAGGAGGGAUAUCAUUGUGAAUGCUUGCGAGGAGCAUUUGCCCAGCGAAGUGUGCAGUUGGGUGCCGCCAAAGGCGGGCAUGUUCCAUUGGAUCAAUGUUGAUUUGACGAGGCAUCCAGUCUAUGAGUCGAAGGGUGGGCAGAUCGACUAUGCUAGUCUGUUGGAGAUUGAGGAUAGCGUGUUCACGUCGUGUGCUGAGCAGGGUGUGUUGAUUGCGAAGGGGAGCUGGUUCCGCGCGCAACGAGCCACGGAUACGGAACUGUUCUUCCGCACGACGUUUGCGGCGGCGCCGGCGGACAAGAUGAGAGAGGCGAUCGAGAAGGUCGGUGUGGCUAUUCGGAAGGAGUUUGAGAUUGAUGGUGAGAUUGUGGAAGGGAGGACGAACGGGCAUGCAAAAUGAAGAGCUCGAGAAGUGCGUCUGGUGGGUUCGUCGGGAUAUUGUCACUUUCAAAGCAGGAGCAAGGGACGGAGUGAACGGCAUACCAGGACAGGACACGACUGCCUUUCUUGGAACAAGUACAGAGAUCUCAUCAGGCACUACAUGGGAUUAAGGACUCGAUUGGGAUAACAAAAACCUAAGGGCAAGGCAUUGAGGGUUGAGUGACGGGACCUGGUAUCUCCUUAGCAUUGGCAUGGGCAUCGUCUGGAGUUUAGUACUUGCGAACCGGGCGAUAGAGUACCCCAAUAGCAUUCAAGGGUGCGGAGCGACACCUUCGUUAUUGUGCAC